AUGACUCUGAGUGGUUUUCUGCGUUCAUUUGGAAUGCAUGAAAUGGGAUUCCUCUUAGUUGAACGUGAAAAAGCUACCCUAAAGGGUAAAAUCACCCGUUUAGAAACCUUUGUAGAAUCGGUGGCUGAACCGAUAAGUGAAGAUAUUAUAACCGAAUUAGAAGUAAAAUUAGAAACUGUGUGCACCGUCAAAAGAUGUAUAGCUGAGUUACAAAAGGAUUACUUUAAAUUUCCUGUAAAAGUAGAUAUUAGUGAAGCAGAAACGGAUUUAGAAGAGAUGGAGAUUUCGUCUGAAAAAAAUCGAACCCCAGAUGUAAAGCUUCCAAAACUGAAUUUAUCUACAUUUACUGGUAAUGUUUAUGAAUGGAUAACUUUUAAUGAUUUAUUUAAGGUUCCUGUACAUAACAACGAUGAUUUGUCAAAAGGACAAAAGCUUCAAUAUUUAUUAUCAGCUCUUAAAGGUGAUGCACUCCGAGUCGUAAAGUCAAUCGCAGUUUUGGAUCAAAAUUAUGAAGUUGCUUGGUCACUAUUAGAAUAA